AUGGCAGACCACAUUGCCAGGAAAUCCUCAAAGUCAAACAACCCACCCAAGACUCUAGCCACGAAAGCUGCCAGGAAAACAUGGUCAGAAGAAGAUAGUAAUGUACAAGAUGCUGUUCCUUAUCGCGAUGGUCAUGAAAGACCACCUGCACAUGCAGGUCUCAAUAGGCCAGAACAUAUUUUUCAGCAAGCCAGUGCCUCCGGUUCUUCAUCCAGACCUGUAGUUGCUGCUAGAAAGACCGCGGCUGUCGCGGAAUUGUCAUCAGACUCUGAGUUGUCCGUGGAACCACAGCGGGGAAGAUUGCUCGGUGCAAACCAUGUUUCGAUAACUCGUAAUCAUGCAGUCGCCUCUGGUUCUGCAAAAUCCACUUCUAGUCUUCGACCUUCUUUGUCACUCCAUCCAGCUUCGCGUUCUUCCGCCCAGAAUAUAAGGAGAGUCAGCUUUGCACUGCAAGAUCGGUCACGAGAAGAAGUUGUCAAUCCGCGUCAUCUUGCAGUUAAAGGCGCUUUGCAAGGCUCAGGAAGCUCUCAUCCGUCGGAUCUGAAUCCACGCCCCGCUUUACUCGCAAAGGCUCCUAGGCAGCCUAUAGUUCCCCAUAUACCAGGAAGGCCAUCAAUUGCUGGACAAGCCAGACAUGGUCCUCAAAUGGGGGCGGCUUUCAUGCCUUGGCUUUAUGGCAGUAGUAACUUAUACAGUAAUCUAGCGAGACCCAAUGCCCAUGCCGCUCGCAACCCUCUCGAUCAUUAUCUUAAACCCAGGGCCUCAAAGUCUUCGCCGUUGACUCCUCUCAAGCUAAUCGAGGAAUCAAAUUGGCAAGAAAAAAACGCUCCCAGACGGUUCCUUCGAGAUUUGGGGCGAGCUGCUCCACGUAGAUCAAUAGCCUCUAUGUCUGCACCCAGACGCGUCCCCAGUAAGAGUGGCCAUGGAGGCCGUAGUGGGAUAGGCGGCACUGGCAGAGCAUACUAUCUUGGUCAAAGGGCAGUAAUAAUGACUGUCGGUGAAGAUGAUGUCGACGACAGUGAUCAAGAUGUGGGAUCAAGGCAAAUAGCACCCAAAGCUGCCCGUAAAACACAAAUGGGGCGCAAAUCAAGUAAAAUGGCCGGCGCCACCUCUCCCCCUGCUGGACACUCUACUUCUGACUCGAGUGAGGAAACGGAUGAGGAUGUAGAUGAAUUGUCUAGCGAUUCUUCAGUGGCUGCUGAGCCCCCAGAUUCAGUUGCAGAGGCCCCCGAGAGCGAAUCGGAUGAAGACGACGAAAUCUAUGACAGUCCUUCAGAAGAACUCAUGACUUAUUUAGAGACUCUAACACUUCAUGCUAAGCAGAAGAGAAACGAAGUGGAAUACGACGAAAAGAUCGAUGAAUACAAAGCACGGAUGAAGGCAUGGCGUUGUCCGUUGUGUGAGUUGCAUGGGGUGUUCGGAACCAGAAGUUUGUUAGACGCACAUCUGAAAUGGGACCAUAAGACUGUGGCUGUUAUUUGGAAACGUGAAGGGGAAGAGCUUAUACUAUCGCUAAAUACUUCGUCGCUUGAAGGUGACUCGUUAGUACCAGCACAGCACUUAGUGCUGCCAACUGUGAAGGCCAAGGAGGAGGGCUCUCCUCCUGCAUCCGAGCUAUCAUCAAACGUAGCUUACUCUACGUCUUUGCCUUCUGCACCGUCUAUAGCUCCUCCUUCAAUUACUGUAUCCGACAUUACGAAGGAAAGCUCACUCCCUGCAUCCAAUCCGUCAUUAAAACCUGUUUAUUCUACUUCUCCAUCGUCUAGAGGUCUUUCGACCACUUCAUCCGAGUUAUCAUCAAAUGCUGCUUAUACCACAACUUCUCCUUCUGCCUCGUCUAGAGCUCCUUCUACAGCUACAUCUGAGACUGUAACUGCUACACCGGGAUUCGACCUAGAUGACAGUAAACCAAAAUCCUUAUACCCUCCUCUUUCCCCUGUACGUCCGAAAGGUCCUCCCACAUCCCG